AUGCUGCGACUAUCGCGGGGACUCUGCGGCCUUUACGUGCCUGUCGUCGGCUGCAUCUUCCUUGUGGACACGUUGUAUGGGUGCAAGUACAGUCCCCAUAUUGGUGUGUGCAAUCUACCGUAUGUAUACGUGAAGGCGCUUCUUUUCUGCGCCUCAGGGCAGGAUAAAUGGGAGCCGAAACGGAAAUAUGUGCAUGGUCUCAUAGAAUACCUUGUACCAUUCAACAGAGAGCAGGAUUCACUGACAAAGUUGGAGCUCAUGCAGUUUGUAGACACGGUGCCACCACGAGCAAUUAAGAUUCAUACCGCUUCCACCGUAUUGGGCUCGGCACAGCUGUCGUUGACUCAUUCCACGUCUGCCUUGCAGCAAUCUGCGUCCACGAGCGGUGCAAUUCUGCGGUCUAGCGGUGGUGGGCCGUCUUCAGUUACAGAAAACGUGACGUCAUUUCUUUCAGGGGCACUUCUUCCGGCUGCACUGGCUCGCGUAUUGUUAUAUGACGCAGUGUGUACCUGUGCCGAUGACGACGAGUACAAUGAGACCGAGCGACAUCGUGUGUCACAAGUGGCGGCAAAGCUUGGCAUUCCGCAGCGUGUUAGGGAUGCCAUUGAAAAGGUGGUUGUACAGGAACGACUAUUGGCCAUGCGGAAGCGGCGAUUAUUACUAUUAACGGAUACCCCGCCGACACGUUGA